UUAAAUUGAUAUAAAUCCACGGGUCAGUGAAAAAUUAAUCAGUCUUACUUGUCUUUUAGUCUAUAAAUUAAAUAUAUAGAUAUUUAAUUGAUCAGUGCUAUUAUUUUUUUUUUAAUCAUGAGAUUGUUAUUCGCGAUCACGUUAUCAAUUUUUAUUUCCACAGGUCACGGUGCUUACGAUCAUGUGGAAGCUAUAAAUGCCCAGAAGUGUAUGGAGCUUUGCAAUAAUUGUGGAGGAACUGGAUCUUACGUCGAUCAAUCUUGCGAAUGUUACGUCGGCGAAAGUGACGAAGAUGGAGAAUGUUUUGAUCGAAUGAAAAGAAAAGCCCGGCAAUGGAACUUGGAUUUAAUAAAUUGUAAACGCGGAUUAGCUGGUCGUCCAUCGCGUUGCAACUAUCAAAAUUCUCGACGUAUUGGUUCAUAUGACAUAUGUCGUAUAGCUCAGUACUUUUUGAGCGGAGGUCCGGCAAAAAGGAUCCCGAUUGUAAAAUCUAAAUGCGAUUGCAAUCCAACAACAACAACUACAACAACAUCAACGGAACCGACGAUAAUAAAAACAAUUAUAGACAACUGCGAAGAAAUUCCAGACGAAUGUAAUCCUACGACAGAGCGACCAAUAGAAGACCCUUGUGAGGAGUACAAACCAACUCCUCGGCCUUCUACCUACCUAGAACCACAUUACGAUUAUCCUAAACCCACGUUCCUCAUCCAUAACCCAGAACAUCGGAACACCCAUCGUCUAUUACAGGCCUCAGUCCUACCCUCUGGUAAUUUAUUAAGUAAUUAUUUAUAUCAAGGUGGUAAUCAAAAUUAUCCUGUUCAAUUUCCCGCUUUUCCUACUCGGCAAACUCUGUCACCUUAUGAUUUAAAUAAAAAUAAAUAUAUGGAAAAUAUGCACAAAGCAAUGAUGGAACGUAAUUACUACAACUCGUUGAUGGAAAGCCAAGCGUAUAAAAACAAUAAAAUGAAUUCAUAUAAUUACAACACAUUUUCAACAAACGGUUACAUGAAUUCCCUGUAUCCAAAUAAUUAUAAUUACAUGCAAUCAUUAUAUGCAAACGGAAACGCCAAUAACAAUUAUCAAAUCGAUAGUUACUUGCAAUCAUUGUCAUACAACGAUUUAUUCCAGCUGCAAAAGUUUUUAACAAAUCAGAACUCAAUGCUGCAGCCCUUGCUGCAAAGACUUCAAAGCAGCGCACAAGUUGACAAUAAUUACAUGCCGCUUAAUAUGAUGGUGGGCGCAGCAAAUCCCUCUUCAACAGACAAUACUAUGAAUCAAGAAAAUACCACUCCCCAGGUAUUAACGACACUUGGGUCGUCUAAUGAUGAAACUGUAGUAUCAUCCGCUGAGAGAAAUGAUAAUACAGUGAUAGUAAUAGACGAGUCUCAAACGAUGCAAGGUGGAGAUGAUAAUUCAAAUGACAGUACUGAAAGGUCAAGAAGAGUUGUGCGGCCUACUUUUAAUCGUAGGAUCAUGAAGCGAGAGUUUAAAUCAUUGUAAAGUCAUUAUUAAUAUUAAUAUUGGGUAUGUGUGAAUAAUGUUUCAAUUGAAUCGAAUUAUUCGAUGAUCCAGAAGUUAACAGACAAUUAAAAAUUUCUUGAUUUUUUUGAAAAUUUAAAAAACUGUAGGUGAAUUUUUUUUAAAUAUAUAUUUUUUUUAUUACUUAUAGUUUUCGUAAUGACAAAUGGUCUAAGACAACUGAUCCUACGACAAUUUAAUAGAUUCUGAAAGUAAAAAGAUUAAAUCUAAUCACCAGUCCCGUAAUUGGGACAUCGAUAGGUUGGAUCAGAUGUAAUUGGGAUCAGUUUACAUGGAUCUUAUCAUUUGAACUGUUUGUUGGUUUUCGAAUUAUUCGUGAAUUUUUUCAUCAUUAGAAUUUGAAUGAAUUCAGUUUAAAUUUCGAUUAUUUGAUUUUUAUUUCAGUGAUUUAUGAAUAAUUCGUAAGUUCGGAAUAUUCGCACAUUUAAAAAUAUAUUAUUUAUUUAAAUUAUAAUUAUUUAUUAUUAUUAUUAUUAUUAUUAUUAUUAUUAUUAUUAUUAUUAUUAUUAUUAUUAUUAUUAUAAAGUUUAAUGGGAUCAUUGCAAUUAAAGAAAAAUUUAUAGCU